UGAAGUAUUUCCAUACAGAACAAAAUGGAGGGCAACGAAGUUCUCGUUUGGACGCCCGAAUUAGAAGUUAGUCUUUUUCAUUCAAUGAAAGGACACAAACCGAUAGGUAUAAACAGGCAUUUUCAUAUGGCUUGUAUUCAUGAUAAGUUCACAACAUCUACUGGUAAAAGAAAUAUUUCCUCUGAACAACUGUGGCAGCAUUUGAAAGAUCUAUACAAUCUUCCUGCUUUGAAUGAGACUGAAAAUAUCCCAUUUCCAAAUGAAGAGAAUGAUUUUAAUCUACCGGAUGAAAUAUUUGAGCCACCAGGACAGGCUGGUUCUGACUAUAACGAUGAUGAGCCUCCUGGAUCAAGCUCCGGUCUCAAACUUAAGCUACAGUCAGUAGCCACCUCGGGUUCUCGCCCCACAACACCCGACACCUCACCUAAACGAAAGAGAACCAGGGGAGCUAACACCUCCCAGCCCCCGUCACCCCAUUCUACUCCAACAUCGACAAAACGCAGACGGUGAUCCUAGACAAAUAUUUCUAUUUUUGACAUCAGUUAGAACCUCAAGCUUCAAAAUAACGGUCCAUGUAAACGGUCAAAGAUCGGCCAAAGAACGGGUCCAGAAACAAAUUAGUUUUCUUAAAAGAAAACAAAAGAAGACUAAUUUGCAAUUGCCGAUUUGACGUCAUGUCCGGUAAUUUUAAAGGCUAUAAAAAACCCAUCAAGACAAAAUUUUUCAAUAACAAAAUGUAUUGCUAAAAAUACCUUAAACCUUUGAUCUAUCCAAAAUUCGCAACUAUGGUAUAGGCACUUUAAAGCCCCGUUUCAACUAGACCACACUCGACUUAUUGGCACGGCAUAGCUAAAAUUGGUACCCGUAUCCAAUUUUAUUAGUGGCCAGGCUAUCAAAACAAAGGCCGAGCACAGAUGAAAUGGGCAAGGAAGGCCGUGAUGACUACGGAACUGCCAGUAUUAUGGCGCUAUUUGCAUGCUUAUUUUAUUUUCACCUAUAUCGGCCGUUAUUUUUUAAGCAAUUUGUUGUAUAUUUUGUAUAUAUAAAUGGACAUAUUUUAAUCAACUUUAAACCUAUAAUAUAAGUGCACUUACAAUACGUGUGUGUGUGCGU